GCUGGGUAGAUAUAAGAAGUGUCGUGAGACUGUAAAGAUACCUGCUGACUUACACAGACAGAGACAGAGGGCUGAAGGGAAAGAUGCUGAGAUUUCAGUAUGUGACUGUGGCCCUGGUCUUAUAUUUAAGAGGGUCCCUUUCCCAGCUCAGUGUAUGUGGUCGUCCACCCUUAAACACCCGUGUUGUUGGUGGACAGAAUGCCUCAGCUGGGUCUUGGCCAUGGCAGGUUAGUAUACAGAGCCCUUUAUAUUAUGGUGGCCAUUUCUGUGGAGGAUCCCUCAUCAACAAAGACUGGGUACUGACAGCAGCCCACUGUUUCGCCAGAACUAACACUAGCCUGACUGUGUAUUUGGGGAAACAGACUAUAAAUGGCUCUAAUCCCAAUCAAAUUGCAAGAGGUGUUAAACAGGUGAUCCUUCACCCCAACUUCAAUAGCACAACCUUUAACAAUGACAUUGCCCUUCUGCUUCUGAACUCCUCCGUCACCUUCACAAACUACAUCAGACCAGUGUGCCUUGCCACUCAAAGCAGCAAUUUUCCAGCUGGAACCAAUUGCUGGAUCACAGGCUGGGGAAGCAUCGCAUCUGGAGUGCGCUUGCCAUCUCCUGGUGUGCUGCAAGAGGCAACGGUGCCCACUGUCUGUACAUGUCUUUGUGAUUAUCUGCUGGGUUUAGGGUCCAUUACCACAAACAUGAUCUGUGCUGGUUAUCUCCAAGGUGGUGUAGACACCUGCCAGGGGGAUUCUGGAGGUCCGAUGGUAACUAAGAAGAGUGCAGUCUGGGUUCAGGCUGGUAUCACUAGCUGGGGUUUGGGCUGUGCUCUGCCCAGAUUACCUGGUGUGUAUACUCUGGUGUCCCAGUACCAGAGCUGGAUAACCAGUGUCAUCCAAGUAAAUCUGCCUGGCUUUGUCAUGUACUAACUCAGUGGGAGGACCAGUGGUGACACUAGUGGACAGGCAGAAUAAAAAUGAAUUCAUAUGAUUAAUUUUGUAUAUCAGAAUUUUUUAUUUAUUUAUUUUUAUUAAAUGCCAAUAUAUUUUGUUUUUCAUGUCACUGUUAUUUAGUUUUACUAAGAUCAAUAAGUUUGAUAAACAAUACCUUUAGAUUUGAGCUUUUAUUAUGAUGAAUAUUGUGAAUGUGAAUAUUGUGUAUCAUGUAAGAUUGCAUAUUAAUAAA